UGAUAGGCAGCAGCCUGCAAAAAAUAAGCCUAUGGAACCGGUGGCUAGUGUCUGCAACCUGUGGCUUCCGGAAGUUCUUUGUCGCUUUGGUAACGACGGAGCGACUGGACCAAUACGGCGCUCUUUCCGGUCUCGUUCACACUCGCCGAGUUCUCCUUUUCCAAGAUUGCCUUUGACCCCGGAAGUGAGGUUUUCCGCGUACCUUCCUCCCACCAAGAUGGCAACAGCAGAGGACGAGUUACUGCCACCGCGGCUUCCCGAGCUGUUUGAAACCAGCAAGCAGCUUCUGGACGAAGUGGAAGUAGCGACUGAGCCCACCGGUUCCCGGAUAAUCCAAGAUAAGGUGUUCAAGGGACUAGACCUCCUUAAGAAGGCUGUUGAAAUGUUAACACAGCUCGACUUGUUCAGCCGAAAUGAAGAUUUGGAAGAGAUUGCUUCCACCGACCUGAAGUACCUGCUGGUGCCAGCAUUUCAAGGAGCGCUCGCCAUGAAACAAGUCAACCCCAGCAAGCGUCUAGAUCAUUUGCAGUGGGCUCGAGAACACUUUUUAAACUACUUAACUCAGUGCCAAUACUAUCAUGUGGCAGAGUUUGAGCUGCCCAAAACCAAAAACAACUCACCUGAUAAUAAUACUGCUAGUUCCUCCAUGGCCUAUCCUAGCCUCGUUGCAAUGGCAUCUCAAAGACAGGCUAAAAUAAAGAGAUACAAGCAGAAGAAGGAGGUGGAGCAUAGGUUGUCCGCACUGAAAUCUGCUGUGGAAAGUGGUCAAGCAGAUGAUGAGCGUGUUCGUGAAUAUUACCUCCUUCACCUUCAAAGGUGGAUUGGUAUCAGCUUAGAAGAGAUUGAGAGCAUUGACCAGGAGAUGAAGAUCCUGAGAGAAAAAGACUCCUCAAAACAGGUAUCAACUUCUUACUCACCUCGUCAGGACAGGCCUCCAAUGAAACCCUUCAUUCUCACUCGGAACAUGACCCAAGCCAAAGUAUUUGGAGCUGGUUAUCCAAGCCUGGCAUCUAUGACAGUGAAUGACUGGUAUGAUCAGCAUCGGAAAUAUGGAGCAUUACCAGAUCAGGGCAUAGCCGUGACAACACCAGAGCUCAAAAGAACUGCUCAGGAACAUGAAGAUCAGGAACAAAAGGAGGAAGAAGAUGAUGAACACACACUCCACAGAGCUCGGGAGUGGGAUGACUGGAAGGACACCCAUCCCAGAGGGUAUGGCAACCGACAGAACAUGGGUUAGUCUUCCCACAACAAGACAGGACUACAGGGGCUCACACCUUCUGCAACAAGGAAAGCCGUGCUGUCUUCCUCUCCCUGGACUCCUGCUUCAGCUGUGUUCAAUGAAGGAAAAGAUGCUUAAUCUUGCUUUGCGUUCAAUAAAGUGUCAGCCAAUUUAAGUAUGUAUUUGUACUUUAGGUGAUGAGCCAGCAAUCUUGUUUUGGCAUUAUCAUCCUCAUCAUGGUGUAUUUCCAAUUUCUUAAGUAGAAAGACAAAAGUACUGAGAAAUUGCUCUGUAUAAUCAAUGGCUGUAUGAAUUAUCUUUAAAAAAAUAAUAAAGUCCCUUCUAUUACAGGA